AUGUCACAAGAAGCAGAUGCACAAGUCCUGACGGGCAAGGCAAAGAAGGCCAAGCGUUCCGAGGAGAGAUACAAGAAGAACAAGAAGAGAAUGGUCGAAGAGACCACCACCGACGAUGCGCCAAAGAACGACGAACCCACCGCAGAAGUAGACGACCAGAAUGCCGCCUCAGACAAGACUUCAUCCAAGAAGCGCAAGCGAUCGCAAGAAGACAAGGAGCCAGCAUCGACAGAAGACGCAGCCCCUGUAGAAGCCAAACAGCAAAAGAAGCGCAAGAAGGAACCCUCAGCCAACAAGGAGCCACUGGCCAAAAAGGCAGGAGAUGCAGCAACAGCAGGAGAGGCUGCCGACGCAGCCGCCGCAAAGAACCAGCGCUUUAUUGUGUUCAUUGGCAAUCUUCCUUUCACGGCCACGACCGAGCAAAUCACCGAGCACUUUGCAUCCAUCCAACCGCAAUCCGUGCGUCACUCGACCGAGAAGGGCACAGGCAAGAGCAAGGGAUUCGCUUUCCUCGAGUUUGCAAACUACGACCGCAUGAAGACGUGUUUGAAGCUGUACCACCACAGCAUGUUCGACAGCGGCGUUGGCGGCGAGAGAGGCAAGCGUAGGAUCAAUGUCGAGCUCACGGCUGGAGGCGGCGGCAGCAAGUCCGAGGGCAGAAAGGAAAAGCUCAAGGAGAAGAACGUCAGACUAAAUGAGCAGAGACAGAGGAGAGCAGAGGCCGAGGCCAAGCAGGAGAAGCGCAAGGCAGCAAAGGAAGCAAAGAAGGGAGGUGCUCCGGGAGCGGAUAAGGCAGAGGAAGCACCCGAGCCUGAAGUCGAUGCGGGAGCACAAGAAGGUAUACACCCCGCCAGAUUGGCCAUGCUGCAAAGAAUAAACAACCGAUAG